AUGACGACCUACAUCCCCUCCCUCACCCUCCCGGCGUUCGUCUUCGAACAGCCCGCCGCGGCCAUCCUCCUCCCCAUAGCUGCUGGUACAGCAGUCGGUUUCUCCAUCUCGCCCAAGGAGACUCAGAAGACAUAUCUUGAUCUGCGCCAACCACCUCUCAGACCACCACCAUGGGUAUUCGGCCCAGUGUGGACUGCGUUAUAUGGAGCGAUGGGAUAUGCGGCAUAUCGUGCUUGGACAACUGGCAUGAAUAGCUUCGACGCGAAGAAGGUCGUUCUUGCAAAGCACGGCGCAACACUUUACACUAUCCAGCUUGCCCUGAACCUGAUCUGGACGCCCCUCUUCUUCGGCUUCAAGCGUCCCAUCGAAGCUUCUGUCGACAUCGUUGCGUUGACGGGUGUUACUGGAUACCUGGCCUACAUCUGGGGUCAGGUCGACGAGGUUUCUGGGUGGUUUCUGGCACCAUACCUCGCAUGGCUUGGCUUCGCCAACUAUCUGUGCAUCGGAGCUGGUUACCUCAACGGCUGGUCUUUUACCGACAAGGAGAAAUCGCUGUCUGAAAAGCCAAAGAACAACUGA